UGGACUCGUUUCCAAAAGCUUUAUAUUAAGUUGAGAAACAUGUUGCAGAUCCUGGAGAGGUAGCGGAUGCAGAUGUUUGAUGAUGACGGCGGCGGCUCACCCUCCUUUUCCUCCAGUAACGGCUCACCCACCCCUGACCGUCGCCUGGACAGGAUCCUGGAGAUAGAGCAGAGGUGGAAUUGACAGAUUUUAGAACUAGACGAUGAGGAGCUCGUGAUCGAGGUUGACGACGAUGGCUCAUCCUCCUCUGUCGACACUCCAUAAGUCCAAACCCAACCUUAUGUGUGUGUAGUGCAAGUGCCCUCUAUCAGCUAAAUGUUGUAUACCAAACACUGGUGCUUGUCUUGUGUAAAUCCAAUCCCUUCACAAUUUCAGGACCGCACGUCAUCUCCCCCCACUAUUUGGCUUCAUCGAUGCUUUGGACAAGCCAGCCAUCGCCAUCCCCGACGAUUGCCACCACCCUUCCACUGCCCCGCGCCCAAUGUCCUCAAAGACCGCCGCCUCCACCUCACCCGCAGCUGCCAAGACCCUAACCGGAACCCCAAUCCGCUUCCAGAUACUGUACACCCUUCUUGCUCGCUCACCAGUCUUCCUGUCACCCCGUCCAUCAUCAAUCAAUAAUCCACUAAUUCCAUUGCCCCCUUUCUUGCAGAAGCCCCCGCUGAAGAAGCCAGGAAGGCCAAGCUCUCAUACUGCAGCCACAUAGGCAAUCUCACUAGUCGGCUCGAGUCGCUGUCCGUCCACGAGCCCAACCCUACCACGAGACCCAGAGAAGAGCAGCUCGCCCCCCUGCUGUGCAAUAUCACCGCGAACCCAAAUGACCAUUGCGCCAGAGAUGUAGAGGACAAUGCUGAGGGUGGUGGAUGGGAGAAGACGGAGUACUUCAAAUGGAGCCAACUGGAACUAGUUCAGCAUUCAAACCAUAGAACCUCCCAAGAAACAUUUUUGAGAUGCUUUACCAUCAUCAUCGUGAGGGCCUCCGAUGGCUCUAGGUUCUGCACUGCAGGGUAACUAGAGGGAUCCUAGGGGAUGACACGGGCACCGGCAAGACCAUGCAGGUUUCUGCAUUUCUGGCUGGAUUGUUUCAUUCUCGCCUAAUUAAGAGGGUACUCAUUGUUGUUCCAAAGAAACUUCUGGCUCAUUGGACCAAGGAGCUCUCAGUUGUUGGUCUGAAACAUCAAAUCAGAGACUACUCUGGCCCCAACAAAAGCGGUCGCCAUGAUAAGCUUCAGUGUGCCUUCAAGGAAGGUGGUGUCCUCCUAACAGCCCACAGACCAUACAUCAACUGGUGUAGAAUACUGUUUCGCUCCAAGAAGAAUUUUUGGAGCUCUGUACCGUAAUGUCACUACCUGAAAAAUACUUACUGAAUUUUUCUGCAAAGGCGAUACGUUGUAUUCAGUGUCAAUUGUGCUUGAGUUGAGAUUCAUAUCCGGCAUAGAUGACAAUGACAGCAUCCUUACAGAUAGUGCAAAGUCUGAAUGUAGCUUAUUUUCUGUAGUUAGUGCAAAUUCUGAAUGUAGCUUAUUUUCUGUACUUGGUGAAAGUUCAGAAGACAAAAGGAGCCAUUCUUAGGAUACCAAAAGGUGUGUUCAAGAUAUUGCUCUCAUCAAGAUUACCAAUUGUGCUAUCAUCUGGAGAAUGGAAUUGUUUGAAUCC